GCAACGCUAUUGAAGCCAUUGGCGUGGAUCGCGACGAGUUAGCUCUUUGUCGUUGAUCUUUCGGCCCAUAGUUUUGUUGUUGAGAAAAUAGUUAGGUACGGCCCCCUUGGAUACCUGGGGAGGAGAUGAGCCACAGCCCGACAAGAAGCCGAAAUUUCUCGAUUCUCCAUUUAUUUGUUCUAGCGGAAGCCUGCAAGAUAAUGGCAUCUGGCACUUUGGCCGUCGUGAUUGUAAAUAAGAUUUGGUUGCUAGAGAGAUUUGCUACAUCCUCACAAAGAAGCCAACGUAGCACCGGCGGUGGGGGGCUAACUGAGUGGGUGCAUCGCGCAUUUCAGGCGGAAUUCUGUAGCGAAGCUUCGUGUACAUUAGUCUUUGGUAGACCGAUGAUAGAUUCUUCAUGAGACGUCUUGGACUGAAGGUUGGCUUUUCCCGCUCAGGAUACCUAGCUAUGCAUCAGCCGGUCAAGGAUUCUCCAGAUUUCAGAUGACAUGGACAUGUACUCCGUACGUGCGCAAGAAAGGUUCAUCGCGAAUCUAUUCUCGACCCUUGAC